AUGAAUGUGGAAAGACUUUCACAAAGCACUUCUCCCUUGAAGUACAUCAGAGAAUCCACACUGGAGAGAAGCCUUAUAAAUGUAAUGAAUGGAAAGGCUUUCACAAAGCACUUCUCCCUUGAAGUACAUCAGAGAAUCCACACUGGAGAGAAGCCUUAUAAAUGUAAUGAAUGUGGAAAGGCUUUCACAAAGCGCUCCUGCCUUGUAGUACACCAAAGAAGCCACACUGGAGAGAAGCCUUAUGAAUGUAAUCAAUGUGGAAAGGCUUUCACAAAGCGCUCCUCCCUUGAAGUACAUCAGAGAAUCCACACUGGAGAGAAGCCUUAUGAAUGUAAUGAAUGUGGAAAGGGUUUCAUGGAUCGAUCCUACCUUGUUGUCCAUCAGAGAAUCCAUACUGGAGAGAAACCUUUUGAAUGUAAUGAAUGUGGAAAGGCUUUCACAAAGCGCUCCUAUCUUGUAGUACAUCAGAGAAUCCAUACUGGAGAGAAGCCUUAUGAAUGUAACCAAUGUGGAAAGGCUUUUACAAAGCAAUUCUCCCUUGAAGUACAUCAGAGAAUCCACACUGGAGAGAAGCCUUAUGAAUGUAAUGAAUGUGGAAAGGCUUUCACAAAGCGCUCCUGCCUUGUAGUUCAUCAAAGAACCCACACUGGAGAGAAGCCUUAUGAAUGUAACCAAUGUGGAAAGGCUUUCACAAAACGCUCCUCCCUUCAAGUUCAUCAGAGAAUCCACACUGGAGAGAAGCCUUAUGAAUGUAAUGAAUGUGGAAAGGCUUUCAUAGAUCGCUCCUACCUUGCUGUCCAUCACAGAAUCCACAGUGGAGAGAAACCUUAUGAAUGUAAUGAAUGUGGAAAGGCUUUCAUAAGGCACUCCCAUCUUGAUGCACAUAAGAGAAUCCACACUGGAGAGAAGCCUUAUGAAUGUAAUCAAUGUGGAAAAGCUUUUAUAUAUCACUCCCAUCUUGCUGUCCAUCAGAGAAUCCACACUGGAGAGAAACCUUAUGAAUGUAAUAACUGUGGAAAGGCUUUCACACGACGUGAAAGUCUUGGUAAACAUGAGAAAAUCCACAUUGGACAGAAAUCUUCAGACAAUGCUCAAAUCUUGCUUAGCAACAGAGAGUGCACAUUAGAGAAAAACGUUUAAGUGUCUGGAUUGUUGUAAAGUUUUUUCAUAUAUAUUAGUCCGUGACUAGACAUGGGCGAUUCCAUACUAGAUGUAAAACCUCAUUCAUAUAAUCCAUGUGGAAAAACAUUCAAGCUCAUUUCAUCCCUGAAUUGCUUUCAGAAUAUUCCUAGAAGACUGAAAUCAUGGAUAAAGGCAUAAAAAUGGAAGACAGAGCUUAUUAGUCAGUAGGGAUUUUCUACUUUGGAAGAAGUUUCCUAUGGACUUGGCAUGGGAAGUUCUUUUGCCCAGGUUCAUUUCUAAUUUUGCAUCUGAGGAUACGGAGUGGAGGGAAGACUUACAAAUGUGCUGAAGAAAAACUUGCCCUUACCUGCAAGAUUAGGGUCACUAUAAAUCAUAAAUUCAUAGUGGAAAAAUAUUAUACAAAAUAUAUUUGCAGAAAGGCUUUCACUUGGAUCUCAUCCUUUGUGUAGAAAUCUUGUUCCAGAUGAAACGUGAAUAUAAUGAAUAAGGGAAGUCCUCUUUCUGUAGGACAGAUCUCAUGAGACAUUGCAAUUUUAUACUGUGUAUAAAGAUCAGAAAAAAGAUUUGAGUUUUUCUCUGAAAUCCCAAGAUUGGUAUCCAAAGAAGGGUCUGUAUAAUGGGGGAAAGCAAUUGUUUUAAUCCCCUUUAUCUAUCAAUAAUAAUUAAGAGAUUUUAAAAUCUGAUUUUAAAUUGUUUUUAUUACUUAAUUUUCCUCUUCAUUCUCUUGUUUAUUCCUAAAUUCUUUGGCUUUCCAUCUGUGUGAUAAGUUAUAUGUUAUAUGUUCUAAUUUUCUUUUAAA